UACAACUUUUGCGUUAUUAUUUCGCGGCCAUUUGGGGAGACUGAAUGUGAUGUGGUUUUCUGGUAGAGUCUGGAUUUCUUUACUGCACAACUUCAGAAAGUAUUUUAUUCUUUUAGUCUCAUAAAGACCUCGUAGCAGGAACUGGUGAUCUUUGCUUGACUUGAGCCGUUUUCUUAAAGGCGAUCAGACACACGGCACGUCAUCCUCGGUGCAGUGCCACUCCCGAAGGAUUAAGUUGUUGGAAUAUGGAGCAAACCCACUAAGCAAGCACGGGAGCGGGAGUCCUCUGAGUGCGUGGCCGAGUGGGUCGCCCCGUGUCCGGCCUUACGUGUGCUGGAGAUCCCGCUAAUAUGGGAUGUGGACUACGGAAAUUGGAGGACCCGGAGGACAGCAGCCCGGGGAAAAUCUACUCCACUUUAAAGCGACCACUGGUCGAGACUAAAACAGACUCCGUGUACGAGUAUGUGCUGCUGGACUUCAGUCUGGAAGGCAGUCGGCCUACGGUGCAGUAUCUGUCCUCGCUGUGCGAGCUGCCCCAUGCCCUGCAGUCCUACUACACCCAGGGCUAUGUACUGGCCGCCCUGCAUCCCAUCAUCCUCUCAGUGGGCCGGACCCGCUUCCUGCCCUGCAGCCUGCUCUACCGGGCCAUUCUGGUCCGCCCACGAUCCAGUAAUCAUGCAGUGCCAAUGAUUGACUCUAUUUAUUUUCCUCGUGAUGGAAUGUUUAAAUAUGGUUUCAUAUCACUAACCAGGUGUGUUUGUCCUCAGGUGAACAGCUAUGCCAGGAGUGGUGUGCGGUUUGUGGGGUCAGUGCUCCAGCAGGCUGGAGGAGGGGGGUGUAAUGGUAGGGUGCCCAGUCCCAGGAGGGGCUGCCGUUCCCCGCCCCGCACCCCACCUCGCACACCACCUGGAGAUGCAGAUCUAGAGGGCCGUGGCUACAGCCCAGACCUGAGGUUAUUGGUGCUGUUUCACUCCUGGGCUCCAGGAUGUGCCCCGCUGGAUUCGCUGGCCUGCUGUUACCACCAGGGUGCGCUGUCCAUGCGCGUGUCCAGGAAGGGUCAAGUUGUCAGUGCCCUGGAAGCUGAUUGGCUGGAAUUGACCGCAGCUUACUACCGCAAGGGCUGGUCAUUGGUCGACUCCUUUGUAUACUGGGACACGCCUAAAGGUGAGCCAGUGCCCAGGUCUCUAGAGGGGCUGUUCGUCUAUGAGGAGAAGAGCACAGCGCCACCUGCCAAUGACACGAUUGUAGUGGAGCAGUGGACAGUUAUAGAGGGUUCAAAUGUAAAGACGGACUAUGGUCCUCUGCUCCGCACGUUAGCAGAAUUCGGCUGGCUGCUCACCUGUGUGCUGCCCACCCCAAUUAUUCGCCAUGACAGUGAAGGGAAUCUCGCCACCAAGCAAGUUGUUUUCCUACAAAGACCCGUCAAGGGCCAGACGGUACCACAGCACAGUCAGGGAUCUACACGACGAGAGGUGUGUAGUCAGUCUGUGAGUCGAGGUGUGGAUGAACCGCACACACAGCUGUCGUCUCCAUGUUCAGGGGGAAUCGGCGGUUUCCCCGUAUUUGGAGGGGGGUAUCCCAGUGCACUGUCCCAUUUAGAUGAGGGAGGAUUUGAGCCAGACGAUGGGGCUGCAGAAGUCACCUGUAUGUGAUGGACCUACUCAAAGAUGCAAUUUCUUUUUCAAGUUCUGUCAGAAAUCUUUGAUGAUUGAGAGCGGCAACUGGCCUAAAAUUGACCACAUCACCAGACCACAAGAGAUUUGUGUUCCUGUAUUAGAAACCGACUCGUAGCACUUUUAACAUUUUGUAAAUUAUUUUUUAACUAGCCAUAACGUAUCAUAGAGGUCGGUUUUAUUUACUCUUGAAAGCAAAGUUUGUGCAAUGAUACUUUGAUACAAAGUAUCAAAAAUAGCACUGAAAUUCACUGUUACUUGCAUCAACAGUAUUUCGCAGCACUUGCACAAUACCACAUGUUCACAUCACAUUUGU